AUGGUGUUGAGUUUCUUUCGACGGAAGGAAGAUAGCGAGUCGAGCGCGAGAAGCCAAACACCUGAAGGCGCUUCAGUUUCAACAAAGGAUACGUCUACUAGCGGGAUCAGUAGCAGUAGUAAUAAUAGUAGCGGGAGUGUUGAUGGCGGUGAUGGCGGACCAAAAUUGACAAAGCGCCAGAUUCCCUUUGAAGAACCGGUGAAUCCUUCUACAACACCGCCCAAGUUCGAUCUAACUGAAGAGCAGGAGAAGCUCUACAGGCAAUUGCUCGAGCAUUACCAGGAUUACAUCACCAGGGACAUUGUGGUGAACGACUCACAUAACGCAGCGACACAUCCGAUAACCGAAGAAGAGCUCGCGUGGCUUACAAAGGAGUGUUUCUUGAGAUACUUGCGUGCCAGCAAAUGGAAAUUGGACACCGCCAUCCGGAGACUUCACGAGACGAUUGUAUGGAGGCGAACAUUCGGUGUCGUCAACAUCCCCAACGUUUCCGACCCCAAAAAACUCAUCACGGCCGAUUUGGUAUCCCAUGAAAACGAAACGGGCAAGCAAUUGAUUGUCGGAUACGACAACGACAACCGACCUUGUCUUUACCUACGCAAUGGCUACCAAAACACCUCGGGUGGGAUAGGACAAGUGCAGCAUUUGGUGUUUAUGUUGGAACGCGUGAUCCACUACAUGCCCCCAGGCACAGAUAAUCUUGCACUUUUGAUUGACUUUAAAGGCGCUCCGCCGGAGAUGAAGUUGUCUUCGAAGUUUCCCUCGAUUUCCACAACGCAACAAUGUCUUCAUAUUUUGCAAAGCCAUUACCCGGAGAGAUUAGGUCGAGGCUUAUUCACCAACAUUCCCUUGAUUGGCCAAGCGUUUUUCAAAGUCGCUGGUCCGUUUAUUGACCCAUACACGAGGCUGAAAACAAUCUACGAUCAGCCUUUUGCCAACUUUGUCCCCGCGGAGCAAUUGGAUAAGGAGUUUCUGGGGCUUAUGGAUUUCGAAUACGUCCAUGAUAUUUAUUGGCCGGUGAUGAAUGAGAUUGCUGAUCGAAAGUUCAAGUUGUACAUGGAUAAUUUCAGACGGCUUGGCUCGCGGAUUGGAUUGAGUGAGUAUGAUUUACGCAGAAAUCCAACUAAUGUAGCAGCGUGA